CGGGGUUGUGGCUGUGGCCGGGCGGCUCCGCGGGAGCGGUGCGCGGACGGCGCGACGCGUGGGAGACCCCGCGUUCCAGCGGCGGCCGGGCCGGAGCGUGUCAGCGGCAGCGACGGCGGACGGACGGACGGACGGACGGACGAUUUUCCUCCUGGAUGUUUCUCAAGCGUCUUGUGAUGGAAGGGAAACAUUUUUAAAUUUAUGAUGGAUUUCACACAACAUUAUAACGAAAACUGGCCAAACAGCAGCAUUUGUAUUUGAAGAGCAUAAGCGUAAUUACAAAUAAUCAUGACAACUUCUCAUAUGAAUGGACAUAUCACAGAAGAUUCUGACAAUGAGACAAAAAAUGUGGAUCUCGCAUCUCCUGAGGAACCUCAGAAGCACAGAGAAAUGGCUGUUGAUUGCCCUGGGGAUUUGGGCUCCAGGAUGAUGCCCGUGCGACGGAGCGCUCAACUUGAGCGAAUCCGUCAGCAACAGGAAGACAUAAGGCGCAGACGAGAAGAAGAGGGAAAGAAGCAAGAACUGGACCUUACUGCUUCCAUGAGGCUAAAGAAACUAGCACAAAUUCCUCCUAAAACUGGUAUAGAUAAUCCAAUAUUUGACACAGAAGAAGGAAUUGUUUUGGAGAGUCCUCAUUACACUGUGAAGACACUAGAAGUGGAAGAACUGUUAACUUCUCUUAAACAUAUCCAGCACGUUUUGGUAGACCCUCAGAGCCAAGAGGACAUCUCACUCAUUUUACAGCUUGUCCAAAAUAGCGAUUUUCAGAAUGCAUUUAAGAUACACAAUGCUGUUACUGUGCACAUGAACAAAGCCAGCCCUCCAUACCCUCUCAUCUCCAAUGCACACGAACUGGCACAAGAGGUACAGUGUGUUUUGAAACCCAGCCACCAUAAGGAUGGACAGGAGCUUAAUGCUUUGCUGAAUGCCCCUCACAUGCAGGCACUUCUACUGGCUCAUGAUAAAGUUGCAGAACAAGAAAUGCAACCAGAGCCUAUGACAGAUGAAAAAAUUUAUGAGAAUGUUGGCGUGUACGGAGGGGAGACGGUUAAAAUAGUUCGCAUUGAGAAAGCUCGGGAUAUUCCAUUGGGUGCUACUGUUCGCAAUGAAAUGGAUUCUGUUAUCAUUAGUCGAAUAGUGAAAGGCGGUGCUGCAGAGAAGAGUGGGCUGUUACAUGAAGGGGAUGAAGUUCUGGAGAUCAAUGGCAUUGAGAUUCGUGGAAAAGAUGUCAAUGAAGUUUUUGACUUGUUGGCCGACAUGCAUGGUACUCUGACCUUUGUAUUGAUUCCCAGCCAGCAGAGCAAGCCACCUCCUGUGAAGGAGACAGUUAUACACGUGAAAGCGCAUUUUGACUAUGAUCCCUCUGAUGACCCUUAUGUCCCCUGCCGAGAGUUAGGCCUAUCCUUUCAAAAAGGAGACAUUCUCCAUGUGAUCAGUCAAGAAGAUCCAAACUGGUGGCAGGCUUACAGAGAUGGAGAUGAAGAUAAUCAGCCAUUGGCAGGCCUUAUCCCUGGAAAAAGUUUUCAGCAACAAAGAGAAGCAAUGAAACAAACCAUAGAAGAAGAUAAGGAGCCUGAAAAAUCAGGAAAACUUUGGUGCGCGAAGAAAAACAAAAAGAAACGGAAAAAGAUUUUAUACAAUGCAAAUAAAAAUGAUGAUUAUGACAAUGAGGAAAUUUUGACCUAUGAGGAAAUGUCACUGUAUCACCAACCAGCAAAUAGGAAACGUCCCAUUGUGCUGAUUGGCCCACAGAACUGCGGCCAGAACGAGCUGCGGCAGAGACUUAUGAAUAACGAAGUGGAUCGCUUUGCCUCUGCAGUUCCACAUACUACUCGGAGUAGGCGAGAGACUGAAGUAGCUGGCAGGGAUUACCAUUUUGUUUCCAGACAGGCAUUUGAGAGUGACAUAGCUGCAGGGAAGUUCAUUGAAUAUGGAGAGUUUGAAAAGAACCUCUAUGGUACCAGCAUAGACUCUGUGCGGCAAGUAAUCAACUCAGGCAAGAUCUGCCUUUUAAAUCUUCAUACCCAGUCACUGAAGACACUACGUAACUCUGACUUGAAACCAUAUAUUAUAUUUGUUGCACCACCUUCACAAGAGAGACUACGAGCUUUGUUGGCCAAAGAAGGGAAAAACCCAAAGCCAGAAGAGCUGAGAGAAAUCAUAGAGAAGACGAGGGAGAUGGAACAGAACAACGGGCACUACUUUGAUACAGCCAUUGUGAAUUCUGACCUUGAUAAGGCCUAUCAAGAAUUACUUCGGUUAAUAAACAAGCUUGACACAGAACCCCAGUGGGUGCCCUCUACCUGGCUACGAUGAGAGCAGUUCCAAGGGACAAGCGGACUUUAAUCUAGUUAUCUUUCCAAGGAGAUUGUGUGUAGGCCUGCCCAAUCCUAGUAUAAAUGCAUGUGAGCUGUGAGCUCUAGACCUCAGUGGCUGCAUCCUUUGCCAGUGAAAUUGCGUAUUAAUGAAAAAUACGCUACUCAGCUUGUGAGCCAAUUUAACUGAUCUAAAGAUUGUCCAAGUUUUCUUUCUCUGUGGUCUAGAAAUGGAGACUGUGUCAAUACUAAAUUCUAAGGCUUUAGAUAGAUUUUUCUAGCAGCUACUUUUAUACAUAAAUCCACCUUUUUUAACCUAGGAUCACCCUUACAACAAAGAUUUUGUGUGUGUGUGUGUGUAUAUAUAUAGUCCAUGCUGUCACAUAGUUAUAAAUAUGAAUGUUAUUUAACACUUAAUGACUUCGUGGGACAUGAUGCUAGUUCAAGAGCAUUCUACAGAUCACUGGGCAGAGAUAUAAUCUACAUGUGAAAAAUGUUACUAUUAAUGAGAAACCUCUCCUAUUCAAAAAAUACACAGAAUGAAGAUGCUGCUCUGAUCUGGAGCUGCCCUGUGAGUUAAUAUUUUAAUUCUCAAACAUUCCACUUUCUAAUAGCACUGUAAUUGGAAAAUGUGUAUAAUGUAAAUAUUUCAAUCCUUGCGUCUUUUUAGUCAGACUUUUAAAAUCAGAUUUGACUGCACGGUAAUUUUAGGUCCAAAGAUGACUGUUAUAUUGAUCUUUUAGAUGUGAUAUUUUUAUGGUAUUUUCUUUAAAACACUGAUUGACUGAUUGGAGCCGCUGUUUUCCACAGAUCUGUAGAGAUAUUUAGAAAGGCAGAGGUUAUAUUUUUGUGAAAAUGUAUAGUUAUAAGACAUGCUGCUUGAAAGUCAACUGAAAUUCUCAUGUUUUAUAACAGAAUACUGACUAAAAUAGACUGAUGUGCUGAACAUUGUAAGACAGUGGGGUUUUUCAAUCUCUGCAAAUGGUUCAUGUUGUGGCUGUUGGACUAAUGGACAACUAACUGGAAUUAAAAUAGCUGAAUGUAGCUACUAUUUUAUGAGUAUUGUAAUUCACUAGCCAACAUAUUGUCCUGCAUUUGCUCAGUACUGCAGUGAAAAUAUGUGUAAAACACUGGUAACUGACUGAGAAGUCACAAGAAAGGGGAAUAUUUUUAAUGGUUCAAACAAAAAAAAAAAAAACUUGAAACAAGGGAACAAAAGGCAAGAUCUGUCUGUAUCCUGGUGCAUUCUGCAAAGCAGAUUUGAACAUCUCUGCAUCCUCAAAGUAUUCUGGCUGUGAAGGUUUAACUACUAAGGCUGCAGUAGGGCUGUUGUUGCUGACCCUAACUGAAUAGUAGUAUCCUGGCUGUUUUGGUUUUGGGUAGCACAAAGAACCUUAACUGUGAAUAUCUCUUCAUUUUAGCCAUAGUGUUUCCUUGUUCCUACAGGUAAAACACUGGAGUUAUGUCAGUGUGUAGUUCACUCCUGUCUAAUGUUGAAGGAUGUAAAAGUAGUUAAUGUUUUACAUUCUGUCUUGCAUAUAUUCUUUCUUCAAAUGUUAAUGGAACAAAUUCACACCCAUAGUUAGAGAGCUCAAAGUAUAGAGCAGAUAUAAAGGAAUUGUCAGAUAACUAUCCUAGGUACUGAACUAAUAGUCAGUACAUUUUUGUAUUGAAAAAUGGAAGUAUAGAGUGCAUUCCUGUCUUGUUAGAAAGCAAAUUGAUUUGAUAGUUUAAUUACUACUUAGGGCUGGAAGGCAAUUAAGCAAUUAGUGGAGAUUAGUAAUGGCCCUUCAGAAAGAAAAGGGGGUGCAAACUUGAAUAUCUUUAGUUCAAGUUAGUGUUAGAAAUAAUAAUGGAUAUUCAAAAUAAUGGCUUUUUGCCUCACAUUGCAGGCAUGUUCUCAGUUUCAUCCAAUAGUUUAUGAGAACUACAAUGUUCAGGUAUAUUGGAUACACUUUAUUGAUUCUACCCUUUAAGAAAGAUGAUCGCCACGUGUAUUAGGCUUCUGGUAUUGACUGUUUCACAGGUGGACAAGAAGCUGGGAAGCAGUAAAAUGUGUGUUGAGUAAGGGUAAUCUAGCUCAGUUACAUAGGUGCUGUCCAAAUUCUUGCAGUCACAAUCAGCUCAAAGUGGUUGCUGAAGCCCCAUAGGUAUUCAGUGUUCAUAGGCAGCAUCAGUCCCAGUAAAUCACGCCAUUAAUGUUAUUUCACCAAUGUUUGUCUCCCCAGUUUUUCUGAAAUGUUGUACAGAAUGUUUUUUUACAAAUGAGCUUUUGAAUGUAGACUUAAAGCAUAUUGCUUGAAGUUCAGCUUUACUCUCUUAAUUCCCAAGGCACACACUACUUGCUGACAUCCACGUAGAGAGGUGCUAUGAUAGUUUAUAACCAGUGUUAGCUGUGUCUCCUGCUGAAGGGAAGGGUUUGAGCAGCACUGAAACAUGUACCUGGCUGUCAGUCUGCUGUCAGCUUGGACCUGGAACUACCUUGUGUAAGAAAUCAUUGUCUUUAAUGAAGAAUGUGUGCUAGUUCCCUCGAGAGUAAAAGAAAAUAUGCAGACUUCACUGGUGAAACUCUUCAACUUUCUCACAGGUGAUGUGUAUCAGACUGAAAUGAGGGUAUCUGCAUUUUUACCGAUCCAGAUUUAAUUAAAAAUAAAUGUUAGCUGAAUUGCAUAAAAGAAUUUUUGAAUGUAAUUAAAUGUGACUUUUCAAAAUAUUAGAUGGGGGGUUUCAUGCCUUAAAUAAUUAAGGUAACUUUACUGAGACCUGUGGUUAGCCCCACAUUGUACUUUUAUACAUGUAUCUGCACUCUGUAUUUUGAGACAUCAUGAACUGCACACUAAUGUAAAAAUGUAAAAUAUUUCUAGAUUUAAAAUAAAUCACUGUACAAUUUUA